AAUGUGUCGAUCUAUCUGUCAUUUAGUAACGCUGUUCAAGGCUGAGUCAAACAUCUCAUAGUAAAUAACACGUUUACAGUAUUUCAACAAGUUCUAACUCUUUCUGUGGCUGUUCACUGUCACCAUGCGUUAUCACACAGACAGACAGCUAAUAUUUGGUUUCUUUGAGACAGCAGGCAAAAAUGUGACAUCAUCGUGACAGAAACAUUGCGUAAUAGUGAUCUGAGAGAGCAGACGCCUCAGAACUACUGCUGGAGCUAGUGAAUGAAGUUUCUCAACAGUAAAGGUGCUUGAACAUUAAAAUCGCGGCUCAUUACAGUGAAUUUCACAGAUAUGGACCCUCAGGUGCCCAAAGACAAAUAUAAUGGCGUGUGGUUGAUUUUCUUCAUGUUGGGGUUGGGAACGCUGCUGCCGUGGAAUUUCUUCAUGACAGCUACUAUGUAUUUCACAAGUCGUCUGGCAGAUCCUUCAAGUGAAGCGAAUUUCUCAGUCAACGCGACUGAAGAAGACUCCCAGAGCGUCUUACAGGCCAAGUUUAAUAAUGUGAUGACGCUGUGUGCGAUGGUUCCUCUGCUGGUCUUCACCUGCCUCAACUCAGUGCUUCACCAGAGAAUCCCUCAGAAGAUCCGGAUCGCAGGGAGUCUGACAGCCAUUCUGGUGGUGUUUCUGCUCACCGCCAUCCUGGUGAAAGUAGAUUUGGAUUCGCUGCCAUUCUUCAUCAUCACCAUGAUCAAAAUCAUCUGCAUUAACUCGUUCGGAGCGGUUCUUCAGGGAAGUCUGUUUGGGAUGGCCGGACUCCUGCCAGCGUCCUACACGACACCCAUCAUGAGCGGACAGGGACUCGCAGGAACCUUCGCUGCUUUUUCCAUGAUCUGUGCCAUUGCCAGUGGUUCUGCUAUGCACGACAGUGCAUUUGGAUACUUCAUCACAGCGUGUGUCGUUAUUUCCCUUGCAAUUGCAUCGUAUGCUCUACUUCCUAGACUGGCAUUUUUUCAGUACUAUCUGGAGAGUCAGCAGAGCAAACCAGCUGAGGAUGAGGAGAACAAGAUGGAUCUGCUGAAGAAAGAUGAGCAGCAGAAGAGCGCUGGAGACGACGACAAACAAACACCAUCAAUACUGGCCAUCUUUAAGAAGAUCUGGGUUAUGGCAUUCUCUGUGUGUUUCGCCUUCACCAUCACCAUCGGCACGUUUCCCGCCAUCACUGUGGACGUUAAAUCUACUAUUGCUGAUGGUGGAAAGUGGGAGCUGUAUUUCAUCCCAGUGUCUUGUUUCCUGUUAUUUAACGUGUUUGAUUGGCUUGGUCGCAGUCUGACUGCAGUCUGUAUGUGGCCUGGUAAAGACAGUAAGCUGCUGCCGGGUCUGUUAGUGGCCCGUGUGAUUUUCGUCCCUCUCUUCAUGCUCUGUAAUGUCCAGCCUCGCUACAAUCUGCCCGUCUACUUCUCACACGACGGCUGGUUCAUCACCUUCAUGAUCCUCUUUGCCUUUUCUAAUGGAUAUCUGGCCAGCCUGUGCAUGUGCUUCGGACCCAAGAAGGUGGAUGCGAUCGAGGCGGAGACGGCUGGAGCGAUCAUGGCCUUCUUCCUGUCUCUCGGUCUGGCUCUCGGAGCAUCUCUGUCGUUUCUGUUUCGAGCGCUCGUCUGAAGUCUCGGUGGACACACACCCAGCGCUCUGGACAGAAAUGAGACUGAAGGAGCCUUACAGUUAUACGAAGGUCCGGAGCAGCCCUCCACACAGAACAAACUCACAACAUCAGCGUCACUUCAACAUCAAGACCUGAUCUUGAGCCGAAAGUACACAGACUCCCUGAUGCUGGAUGCUUUAGCCUUAAAUAUUAUAUUGUAUUGCUCAUAAUGUAAAGGACUUAAAGCCUACACUGUUCAAAAGUUUGGGGUCAGUAAGAUUUAUUUA